AUGGUAGCAGAGACCAAGCUAUACGAUGCACUCUCUGUCUCUCCUACUGCCUCUCAAGAAGAGAUCAAGAAAGCAUACCGGAAAGCAGCCCUGAAAUGGCAUCCAGACAAGAACAAGGACAACCCCGCUGCUGCUGAGAAGUUCAAAGAGGUGUCCCAGGCAUAUGAAGUGCUCUCGGACCCAGAAAAGAGAAAGGUUUACGAUCAAUAUGGCCUGGAGUUCCUGCUGAGAGGAGGUCAGGCACCUCCUCCAGGUGCUGAAGGAGGCAUGCCUGGAGGAGGAUUCCCAGGAGGUAUGCCUGGCGGCUUCAGCUUCGGCGGAAUGCCUGGCGGUGGUGGUGGAACUAGGACCUUCCACUUCAGCACCAAUGGCGGCUCAGGCUUCAACUUCUCCGAUCCCAACGACAUCUUCUCCAAUUUCAGCCGCAGCGGUGGCCUAGGCGGAGACGACGACGAUAUCUUCAAUAUCCUAGGUGGUGCCUUCGGAGGUGGUGCAAGAGGAGGCGGUGCCAGAAGAAGUGCCGGAGGAUUCGGCCAGAGACAACAACAGCCCCAACCUCGGCCUCAGACACCCGAAGUUACCGUCGUGGAACGCCAGUUGCCCGUCAGCUUAGAAGACAUGUACAAGGGCGCCCACAAGAAGAUGAAGAUCAAGAGAAAGACAUUCAAUUCACAAGGACAACGGACAACGGAGGACAAGAUAUUGGAAAUGGACAUCAAGCCUGGUUUGAAGGCCGGCUCGAAGAUCAAAUUCGCUGGCGUGGGCGACCAAGAAGAGGGUGGAAGUCAAGACCUGCAUUUUAUCGUCGCCCAAAAGCCGCAUCCAACACUCACGCGUGAGGGUGACAACCUGAGAACCACCAUCGAACUAGACCUGAAGGAGGCCCUCACGGGCUGGCAACGAACAGUUACAACCAUUGACGGAAAGCAGCUGAAGGUGUCAGGCGCCGGACCUACAGCACCGGGAUAUGAAGAGAGAUUCCCAGGUCUGGGCAUGCCCAACAGCAAGAAACCCACCGAGAGAGGUGACUUUAUCGUCGAGGUCAAGGUCAACUUCCCCAAGUAUUUGACUCCCGAACAAAAGGCCAAGAUCAAGGAGGCCCUAUCAUGA